GUGAGGGUAAUGAAUGUCGAAUAGUGAAUUGAGAGGCAAAGGGAAAGAAAACAUCGAAACCCCACUAAACAGUUAUCCACUGCCGUCUUUAAUUUCCCUACCCUUGCGCUCAUCAUCGUCUUCUUCCUUCUUUGCUCUGGGUAGCAAUCUUCCAUCAUAAAGCUGCGUGCUUUGGAUUACUUUCUGUGCUCAAAGUCUCACCCAAUCGCCUGAGACACGCUCGUUCCUCUUGCUAACUUCCAAUCCAUUUCCUUCUUUCGUCGCUGUCGCUCUUUCGCGUUGACCGUCGCUGUCGCCGUUCAAGCUGCUGAUCUCUGACAUUAGAUGGAGAAAUCCGUGUUUAAUAGAGAUGCUCACCAGAAUCGAACAUUUUCCUAUUCAUGUUUUUCUCAGAGAGAUGUCUGUUACAGCUGCGGUGCUUGUGGAUAUGAGCUGAAUCUGACAUCCUCCAACCGGAACACCUCAACCAUCGGUUCGAAAUACGGGAAAUCCAUAAAACGAGGUAUAAUAUCAUUCUUCAAUAUUGAUGAAAGCAGAUUUACGCAGGUUGAUGAGAUUCAAUGCGUGCCCCAUUUCUCAAAGCACUCUUGGGGUUUGUUUCGACGAAAAACAAAGCUCCUUUGCAGGAAGUGCGGUAACCAUAUUGGGAAUGCGUACAACGGUCACAGUUCGACCCUUGUUCUUGUGUCUGAUGGAACAGAGCCAUCCUUAAGCAACGAAGCAUCCCCUCAUAUGAAGUAUGACAUUCGCAUCCGUGCAUUGCAGCCUUCGUCUUCUGAGGAAUGUGGAGCCCCUGUUUUGGCUUGACGUUUCUGCCCAAGUUUGUUUCCUCUCUUCUAUACUGCUAAUGCAUAAUGCCCCCCGCGGUCAGAAGAUUCGUAGAGGAAGUAAAUAGUGUACGUAACGUUAUGGUAAGGUUUUUGUGUUCCUCCUUCUCGAAGGAAAGUUAUUGAUUGUUGAUUAAUGUGUACAUGAGUCGUAAGAAGC